AUGCAUUUCACUCGCUACCUGGCCCCGGCCGCCUUCGCAUCCGCAGCGGUCGCCGAAAAGACCUUUUGCGGUGCCCCCAACGACUACGAGGUCCUCAUGGGCACUCCGUGGAUCGUCUACUCGAUGAACUACGCCUAUCAGGCCAUCAAGGGAUCGGCCUGCACCGGCUACUACGGCACGUCUGGAUCUGGCGAUGCCCAGCGGAUCCAAUGGAGCAGCAUCUGGGACAUUGAUCCCACGUACCAAAAGGAUGUCGUCAAGGGAUACUCCUUCAUCGGCCUGACCCAGAACCUCGAGACCAAGCUCAGUGAUAUUCAGAGCAUCCCCAGCACCUACAGCUGGACUGUCUCCAACUCUUCGGCCUAUAAGGGCAACGUCGUCUACGACUUCAUGACCUCCGACACCAAAGGCGACAGCACGUCAAGCAACGCCCAGGAGCUCAUGCUCUGGCUCCGCUGGGAAGGCGGACAGGUGCCCAUUGGCUGGGCCGAGGGCCCGACGGCCACGAUCGACGGGCUCUUUGGCAAGGACGGGUGGAAGCUCUACCAGGGCAAGAACACCGAUACCGGCAUCACCGUGUCUUCGCUGCUUGCUCCCACCCAGUACGGCGACCUGGAGAAGGGCUCCUUCGAGGGAGACAUCAAGGACUGGCUCCUCGCGCUCUCCAAGCAGGGCGUCUUCUCCGAGAGCACCUACGUCAAUGUCGGAAAUGCUGGCCAGGAGCCGUACUGGGGUACCGUCACGUUCAACAACACUCUUGGCUUGAACAUCAACCUUUGA